CUGCCCCUCCCCUGUUCAUGCUCUGUCUCUCUCUGUCCCCAAAAUAAAUAAACGUUGAAAAAAAAAUUAAAAAAAAAAUCCACUCACUUAUUUAGUUUGCCAUGCCUUCAUCAAAUAUAUAUACUCAACGUUCAGUAUUUGCAAGCCUUUGCUAUGAUAGUGGUAGAGGGUAUGUAUUUGUGAUCUGAGCUUUCUGAGAAAAAAGGCACUGAUUACAGCCUCUGGGAGGUUUCUGGCCAAUCAGAAGAAACACUUGACUAGAGGUGAGGCAGGGGCUCAAAGACCCCACUGCCCCCAUAAUAUCUCCCUCACUGUGUUUGUUUCCAGGAGUUAUGUGGGUACUACUGUGUAUGUAUCCCCACAGGACAAGACGCAUAGGACUUCUCCCCCAUGGACCCCUAGCUUGACUACCUGGGGUCUAGUUGUAAUCCUACAAUUGCUCACAGGUGAAGGCAAAUAGAAUAGUCUGGGCCAGUCUUAUGAUGAAGAUGAAUUAGACUCUGACCUUCAUGGUCACCUGUUUAAUACUUCCCCCAGUGUCCUACCCUCCCCUCAUCUUAUAUACCCUGAAGAAAGAAACUAAAGAAUAUAUUUGGAGCAAAAUUACAUGAGUGAGGUCUUUGUUGACUUCCUUAUUUACAUUUAUAGCCUUGUCCCCACCCUGGCACUUCCUGCCCCUAUCUCCAAUCUACUUUUCUCCAUAGCAUUUAGUACUUUCUAACAUACUAGGUAAUAUACUUUUUUCCUUAUUAAAGGGUCACUCCAGUGAAAGGUAACCUCCUCUAUGACAGUAGGGGUUUUGUCUGGUUUUCAUACUUCCCUAUCCCCAGUGCCUUUAAGAGUGUCUGGACAUUAUACAUGCUUAAUAAUUAUUUGUUGAAUCUAUUAGUCAAUCAGAUACUUUGAAAUGUACAAUAUAUAUUUUUGGCCUAGAAAUUCUAUUUCUAGGAAUCCAUUCUUCACAAAUUGGCUUGAAUGAAAGAAAAGUGUGUGAACCAUCUCUUAUUAUUUAUGAGUGUGAAAAAUAGGAAAAAACAUAAUCCUUUAGCAUUAAGUGAUUAUAUAGAUUGUGGUAUGUCCAUACAAUAGAAUGUUAUGAAGUCAUUAAAAUUCACUUCUUAGAAGAAUCUUUAAUAAUGUGGGAAAAUGUUAAGAAUGAUAGUCAUUAGUAUUUCCUGAUUUGAUUGCCAAUUUAUAAAAUGACUAUGUAUAUGUGCUUUGAAAAAGUAAUGGAAUAAUGGAAUAACAGUAUCUGUGGGAGAUAGGAUUAUCUCUGGUUGUUUGUGGGAAAUAGGAUUAUCUCUGGUUGUUUGUGGGAGAUGGGAUUAUCUCUGGUUGUUUGUAAGAAGCAGGAUUACAGAUUAUUUUAAUUUUCUUUUUUGUGCCUUCCCUGUGUUGAAUUUUCUAAGAAGCAGAGAGGGAGAAGCUGGCAGCAGUGGUGGGAUAUUUCCCUUGAGCCUGGGGAUUUGGGAGAAAUGGCCUCCUCUUUAGUUACCUCCUGGUAACCACACCCUCAGAUAAAUCCCUCCCACACUGACCCUGGGGUUAGCUCAUGUGUCUCAAUCUGGCCAACGGGACUUUAGCAAACAUGAAACAGAUGGGGGUUUGAAAGUCACUUGCGCAUUGGCGUUCUGUUGCCAAUAGGAACUCUCCCUCUGUCAUGCAGACAAAUCUGGAGGAUGAGAUACUAUGUGAAGAGAACCCUCAGCCAUUCCAGCCAUCCCAUCUGACACCAUAGACAUGACAAUAAGGGAGGACAGGAGCCAGGAGCUACGUGUCUGGGCCCCUCUCAACCCUGCCUUCAUUUCCACUUAUUAUUGUUUUAUCUGACCAUGACAUCAUGAACAAAAGAAAAACUCGGCACUGGUGCAUUUCAGUCCGGAGCUAACAAGAGACCCACGGCGCACCUCUGUCUCCGGGGACCCGGAACACUGUGGGUAAUUAGAAAUCCCAAAGAUGAGGGCAGACGGUUUCUCCCGCUCGCUCACCACACAUGGGCACACGUGUGUGCACACACACACAAGUACCUACACACGCACAGACACCGGAAGCUCAUCCCGCGGUUUCUAAAGAGGUAAGUCUGGAUGUUUAAGAUCCAAAGAACUAUACAUGACCUUAUUUUAGACUCUCAAUUGUUAUCUUAAUGAUAGACUGUUAGAGCUGUAGAGAAAGGGCCACUGGUGAUUCUGCAGUCCAGGUGCUUCCCUUACAAGCUGGCCAACUGAUGCCCUGAAGCCUGGGGUUGGCUGUAUUUUAGCCCUACCACUUACCAGCCGUGUGACCUUUGGCAAGUGCCUUAACCUCUCUGUGCCUCGGGGUCUCCUCUCAAAAAUUACAGUAACUCUAUCUUCCACACUGGGUCAUUGAGAGGCUUAAAUAAAAUAAGCAUUUAGCCCAGUGCUUGGCACCUGGCUAUUAGCUAGCAUCGUAGCUAUUCUUAUGAAUACCACUGAAGACAUCCAGCUAGAAUCAGGCAAUCAGUUAGUGGCAGGCUGGGUGCAGAACUGAAAGCGACGCCUCGUGUCCAUCUCGCGUCCCCACCUGGCUGUCUCUGGCAGGAAGAACCCUGCUUUUUGUCCCAGUCUUGGACGGAAUGGCUGGCCACGCACAGGCUCAGUGGCCCCGUCUGCAGCUGCAGGACAAUUAUCUGCAAUCGCUUCCCAGCGAAAACGCUGAGUAACGAACUGAAACGUGUGCUUUUGGAAUGAUCCAUUUUCCUCAGCCACGUGGCAGUCGGAGGGAGGAAGCUGCUCCAGCUUUGACUGCAUUUGGGGAGCACAGUGCCCGCUCGCUCUUUGGCCAUCACGAAAAUGUGCCGGGCCCCGCAGAGUUAACAGCAUCUUUACUUAGGGUAGUUGCUGCCUUACAGGGAGCGUGGAUCACAAGUAGAAUACGACACGGAGGUAUCCUCAUGGUCAGAUUCACGCUCCACUAUCCAGGCGCUGGGGACAAAUUCAGGCAGCUGCUUGACUGUUGACUUCUUGAGGUCUUAGGUGCUUUUCUGACCAUGGGCUGUCCCAGGGUAGGCACUGAACGAGUGUGUAUUCAACAGAAUCGACAACUCUUCCCAUGGCUGCACCAGUUUAUUCAAAGUAAAUCAUGAUUUCAUAUUACAUUGGGAAAUAACAAGUGCUCCCAAUUUAUAUUCCUGGAUACCUGGGGAAGCCCCCCAUUUCGCUAUGGCGAGGCUUCAUUUAAGAAGAAGAAUGCCCCAUUGGUAGGCUGACAGGUGCACUGCUGAGGAACUGUCUUAGCUCUCAGCGGACCCUCAUCCCGCCUCCGUUAGCAGCAGGAAAGAGCACACACAGGUGUCGUGCAGAACAAAUUCCUCACUCCCAGCAUGCUCAUUUUUCUCGUCCAGAAUUUACUUGGGGAAAGCUAUGCUCCAACCCAGCCACUGGUGCCAUUGUGCAAUCCAGCGGGAUGGCAGUCACCUUGCUGUUUAGUUACGACCCAUGAAAGGAUGAAAAAGAAAGAAAGAAAAACACAGAGCAUACACACACAGAACGAGGGUGGAGGCUGCGUGAUGAUAAUGAAAACCAUUUGUCAGGAUUUCGCUCCUUUCUUUCUGGAUCGGCCGAGUUCCUGGCACCAGGCCUCUGUCUGCGAAGGGAGCUGCACCCCUAAGACCUUCCAGGGGCUCGUUCACCAUGUCCAGUCCAUGUCACGCCGUGUCCUCAGAAAGGAGGGCACUUGAUUGUCCCGGCUCCCUCUGGGCCACAGCCUAGACUGGGCCUGGCUCCAGUCUCACCUCUGUCUUAAGGGGCCUCCCCCACCCUGUGGAAUCAGGCAUUAACCUCAGUUUCCAGCUCUGCCUUAGCCAGACUGCGGUUUGCUGUAAGAAGGGCUCUCCCCUUGCUUGCAUUGUGUCCACCGGCAGUCCCCGCUUCCUUUUGAGCUGUUCUACUUUCCUUCUUUCCACAGACCUGAUCUCCAUAUUCCCAAAAUACAGAUUCACACCUUUGUUUUUAGGAUAAAAAAGCAAAAUAAAAAUUUAAAACGAAAACAAAAAAGUGUCAACAACCCCCCCCCGGCCCCCAAUUUACAACCGGUGGAACAGUGUGUAUCUGCCUGAGCAUGUUUGUGGUGCUUGCAUCGUCCCUGAGAGAGGAAUGGCCUCGAAAGACGUGUGUUGUAGUUACAGUAAUGUGCACUUGGGCCCGUGAAGUCCUAGUGCCUAAUUGUCCACCUCUCGAUCUGCCCCUUUCUCAAACCCAUCAUGGCAUUUGCCCCAGUCAUGUCUCUCAUUCAGACCUGUGGAGCACGGCGGCAUUCUCUCCACCCUCUGCCACCACCACUCUCCCCACCACCAUCAUCACCAUGACCAGCUCCUCCUCCAUCACCAGGACCACUACCCUUAUUGCCAUCGCCGCCUCCACCAACAUUUCCACCACCAGCUCCACCGCCAUUACCUCCAUCACCGUGACCGCUACCCUUACCGCCAUCGCCGCCUCCACCAACAUUUCCACCACCAGCUCCACCGCCAUUACCUCCAUCACCGUGACCGCUACCCUUACCGCCAUCGCCGCCUCCACCAACAUUUCCACCACCAGCUCCACCGCCAUUACCUCCAUCACCGUGACCGCUACCCUUACCGCCAUCGCCGCCUCCACCAACAUUUCCACCACCAGCUCCACCGCCAUUACCUCCAUCACCGUGACCGCUACCCUUACCGCCAUCGCCGCCUCCAUCAACAUUUCCACCACCAGCUCCACCAUCACCAUGACCACCACCAUCCUAUCAUCACUACCAUCAUUUUCCCCAACACCUCCUCACCACCGUCACCACCACCACCACCACCAGCACCACCACCAGAGGACUCCAAGAACUUUCUGGAGUCAGGGAAGUCUUGCCAAUGUUCCCCCAAGAUCUCCUCUUAGGCUGUCAAGAAAACGAGCAGAACCAGAAGAGAGCCACACCCGGGGGUCAUUUAUUCUCUCCAGAGUUGUUAAAUGAAUUGUUUAGGUCCAUAUUGCUUCCAAUGGAGUGGUGACUAGAGCCACGUCUAGAAAUCAAUAUUCCUGCUUUCCCGUCUCUUCUAUUAUACUGUUUUCCAGCACCUCUUCUGGAAACUGCUUUUUUUCCCCUUCCCUCUCCUGAGAUUUUCUUGUUUGUCUUGCUGUUGCUGUUACCUUUGCUUUUCUAAUAAUGUAGAUGACAACAUUAUUCAGUUUAGACCUGGAUAAAAUUAUAUCAAAAGAGGAAGAUCUAUGAUUGUCACAGUGACAUUAUACACACACACACACACACACACACACACACACACACAAAUUCACAAAGGUAAAUAAGGAGUUAUGUACCUUGGCCCUCCAAAAUGAGGCGGGUGCUUCCAUAUGUCUAAUGCAAUGUGUUAAGGAUAAGUGUACAAUUGUUGCUAGCCAUCUUUGAGUUUUUCUAUUUCUUCACAUUUGAAGCCAAGUGGACUUUGUGUUUAGGCCCAUGCAGGCCUCCCUGACCCCUCCCAGCAGCCUCCAGAAGGAGGUAUUCCUCUGACUAGUUUGAUUCCAUAGAGGUGAUUGGCUCCCACUUGCAAGAGGGGAGUUCCCUGCGGGCCCAUGUAUGGCUCUCUCCUGGCCCUUCUGUGCCGGAAUGAGAAGAGGCCCAUCAGCUGGACCAGGAAGAAGCUUGGCCAACUCCCUGCCAUGCUUCUUCCUUGGCCACAAGGGUGAGCACACCAAUACUGGAAAUCUGAGUCUGGGCUUUGCGGGGAGAAAAGGCAAGGGUGGGAUAGAAAUACCCCCGAAGAUUCCCCUUAGGCCUCUCUCUUAGGCUGUCUGA